UAUUUUAUUAUUAUUAUAUUAUUUUUUUAUACAGUACGUCGGAGCGUCGCGCGGUUCGCGUACUAAGCAGACGAUACGCGCUUACGAGUACGGGGUACAAAUAUCUCGAGAUUGGCAUCAACGUUGGUCCGCCGAGUUACGUGGAAAUCGCCAUAGGAGAUCAUCGGGGGAACGAACUUAUAAUGUCUCUCGAAACAUGGAAGGGACUUUACGAACAGCGACAAAACGUUCUGAAUCUCCUUCGCACCGACUAUAAGGACUUGUACAAUUUUAUUAGCGUUGGACCGCUAACAGCCAGAAUUUGCAUAAUCAGUGACGUUAACUUUAUACGUUUGGAAUCACAAAACGUACGCAUGAUAAUGACCGAGUCGACCGUGCGUCGUAUGUUCGAUUUGGACGGUUGUGUAGAUUUAAUGUUCGAUCGACUAAUUAAAAUUACUGAUAAUGUUGAUAUGCAGUUUACGCAAUUCUCUAAUAUUGCAUCCACCAUAACGAACCCCGAUCAAGUAUCUAACGCGAUACGCGCGAACAGCGUCUUUAAUAAACAUCGGCUUCUCGAUUGUGAGCUUUUGGCUUUAGUAUUUAAUAUGUAAGAGAAAAAUUAUUAUACCGCUUUAUAUGAAUAAAUCAAACAUUAAAAAAUAAAAAACUUAUGUUAUCUAUUUUUUCUUUAUUUUAUAUAUCUUUUUUCCUUAAGAGAAAUAUCACAAUGCAAGCGAGAGCGCACGCGAUGAGAGAGAGUGAGAACGUGUAAAGAUGGCUGCGUACGAGCAGGAGCGAGAGCGCGCGAGAAUACGUACGCGAUGUGGGUAGUAUGUGAUGAGUGCGAGCGAGAGCGUGCGAUGGGUAGGAACGAUGAGUGCGAGUGAGAGCGUGCAAUGGGUAGGAACGAUGAGUGCGUGUGUGAGAGCGUGCGAUGGGUAGGAACGAUGAGUGUGAGUGAGAGCGUGCAAUGGGUAGGAACGAUGAGUGCGUGUGUGAGAGCGUGCGAUGGGUAGGAACGAUGAGUGUGAGUGAGAGCGUGCGAGGGAUUGGAACGACGAAUGUGAAU